ACUGCCCUCCCUUCUUUGCAUCCAUCACAGCGGCCCUCAAUUCUUUGAAUUAUCUGAUCUCUAUCUCUGUGUUUAAGGAUGCAAGGUCUAAUAUUCAUUCUUCUUUCCAUCCUCUUGACUCCUUCUCUUAGUUCCUGGGCCAGGGUUCUUCUUUCUCCAGCUGCAGGAAAUACUUUCAAUGUGAUUCAGUAUGGUGCUGUUGGAAAUGGCCAAACUGACGAUUCACAAAGUUUUCUAAAAGCAUGGGAGGACGCGUGUGGAGCAUCUGAAGGCACCCCAACCCUCGAAAUACCAAACGGAAUGACAUUCAUGCUGAGCCCUGUUGCUUUCAAAGGCCCCUGCAAAGCCAACAGCGUCCAUGUUCUGCUUCAAGGAACGAUUGUUGCACCAAGCAGAGAUGCAUGGAAUGGCAAGAAUGAGUGGAUUCAAUUCGCAGAAAUAAAUGGCCUAAUGAUCGAUGGGGGUGGACAAAUUGAUGGUCAGGGCUCUUCUUGGUGGCAAGAUUGCAACUCGAAUUGCGAGCGGCCAACGGCUCUUCACAUCAACGAUUGUCAGGCCUCCAGGCUAACUGGAAUAAAGCAUCUGAAUAGCGCUAAAAACCAUAUAAGCAUUAGUGGCUGCAGUGACUUCUACAUAUCUGAUCUCGAAAUCACUGCCCCUGGCGAAAGCCCAAACACUGAUGGAAUUGACAUCUCUCACUCUAGCGCCAUUACUAUUGAAAAAUCCAUAAUAGGAACCGGUGAUGACUGUAUUGCUAUUAAUGGCGGCACGUCUAAUAUCAAAAUCACCCAAGUUACUUGCGGUCCGGGCCACGGGAUAAGCAUUGGAAGCCUUGGAGAAGAUGGAAAAUACGAUACAGUAGAAGACGUAUACGUGGGAGGCUGUACUUUCAAGGGGUGUCAAAAUGGUGCAAGAAUCAAGACGUGGGAUGGUGGAGCUGGAUAUGCAAGGAAGAUCACUUUCGAAGACAUCACCCUUGAAGAUAGCCGACACCCUAUCAUCAUUGACCAGUUUUACAGCAGUCACGAUGGUACUCAAGGCCCCAGUAAGGGGUCGAGCGUAGCAGUGAGUGACGUGACUUACCGUAAUGUGCAUGGGACUUCAGCAGAUGAUGAAGCCAUAAUUUUCAAUUGCGCGGAGGAAAGCUGCAAAAACAUUGUAUUGGAUCAAAUAGACAUAACGUUGUCUGACCCAGGAAAGGAUGCUCAGGCUGUCUGCAAGAAUGCCGAAGGGACAGCUACUUCUACUGUUCCUUCUGUGACUUGCCUUUCAAAUUGACCAUCUUCAUGUUCUCAUGAUCGUCAUGGCCAUUUCCGGAUGUUGCUCUGUUUUUCUUUUUUAAUCUUUCCGGGGCGUUAUGUUUGAUAAUCUUGAUCUCAGGAGCCAUGCUAGAAGUUAUAUAUGCAUGUACAAGCAGCCUUGCGAGUACGUAGUAAUAGUAUACAAAUAAGGUUUUUACAAGAGUUUUUCAUUCAGAAAAAAUUGUAAUGAGUGAUCAGGGAUCGUUGGAUGCAUGGGCAUUAAACAAUUCCGGACGAUCCAGUACCCUGGCUAGCUAAUAUCAUAUUGUACUUCAUGCACUUCUCAGAUAAGGAUAUUCUCAAGUGGCGUUUUCGAUUAUUAAACUAGUACAGUAUAUAUACGUUGAGGUCUAUUUUCUGUUUCAA